ACUGCCUAGUGCGGAGUGAUAAGAUAAGACAGGCAGCUAAGGGAAAUGCCCCGCUAUGACAGGGACCUUAGUGCUUGGAAGCUCAAACAGUCAUGAUACAAGGCCAUGAUACAAGGCGCUUCCUUAACAACAUCAAAACUGCCCUAAAUAUCAAACAAUAGGAAAUCCUGUCUUACAAUUCUGCUGUUUUUUAUUUGACCCAGUACCUUUCUCCUUACCUAGGUUCAUAAGAUCCAGCCGUUUCGGUUGACUCCCAUCAUACCCUGUAAUUAAUUGUAACCAUUGAAACAGACAAAAGCAAGGAUCUCCACAGUCUGAUCUCCAGGUUGUGAAUCUAUCGUCGUUCCAUCCUAUAGGGCAAGGCUAGCCGAUCCAAAAAGCUUAGCUCUCUAGCCGUGGCCCCUUAUCCAUCGACCUUGCGAGAAUCUGACGUCGUUGCUAUCGCCAGCAUAACGGCGAGGUUACCUUCAUCAUGGAGCAGACCAAGGCUUUGAAUGCUCUAGAGCCAUAUCUAGCUCUCACGAAGUCCGCAGCCGCACCCCGAGCAGCAGCUGACCUAGUCACCCAAGCCACAUCCAACCCAAACACCUACGUAUUCGCCGAGCUUCUCCAAGCGCCUCACAUCCAGUCCCUUAGCCAGUCCCCCGAGUACGCAUCGUACCUCUCACUCCUCGAGAUAUUCUCCUUCGGCACAUUCUCCAGCUACACACAGCUCGCCGGAAAACUCCCCCAACUCAACGACGCCCAAACCCUCAAACUACGGCAACUCUCCCUCCUAACACUCGCCCGCGACCCCCACAACCUAAGCUACGCGACCCUACAACAAAGCCUCGGGCUUUCCGACUCCCGCGCCGUCGAAGACCUAGUGAUCUCCGCGAUCUACGCGGGUCUCAUCGAAGCACAGCUCGACCCGCGCCACCAGACCGUGCACGUCUCCAGCGUCUCGCCCCUACGGGAUCUAGCCCCCAACUCGCUCCCGUCUAUGCUCACAGCCCUAGUCACGUGGUCCGAUAGAUGCACGUCCACGCUCGCCGACCUAGAGGCCCAGGUCGCUCAGAUCAAGGACGAGGCCAAGAAGCGCCACGACGAGAAGACCGCCUGGGAGACGCGCGAGACGAAGCUCAUCGAGGAGCAGCGUAAAGCGGACUUGGUGUCUCCCCCGCAAGGAGGCGCACACGGUCGCGGACAAGGCCGGUACUUAGAUUCUGCGGUGGCGCGACUACGUGGCGGCCAGCGUAACAGCAAGCGUGGAAGUAGUAGCCUGGAUGUGGCUCAAGAUUCGGAUGAGGCCAUGGAUCUAGACGAGGAGGAGCCCGAUGAAGGGGAAAUCGUCGGUGCGGGAGCGGGAGCGUCAAGCGCUGGGAAGAAGCAGCGGGCGAGUCGUCGAAGACUUUAGGAGGUUUACAAGAGGGUUAACGAUUAACUCUUAUAUUACGUAUUGUUAUGAGUUGAUGAGUAGUGGUUUACGCAUUUUGAUGAACGCUAGGUUCUAGCUAUGGCUAGGGGAAUAUCCCCGAUAGGCUAGACUUGCAAAAGAGAAGUCUUACGAUGUCACAGGCAAAGGAAACCUACAAAGAACAUAUAGAUUAUGAUAGUGACAGUAACAGACGAACUACCUAUGCCUAGGUAAAUAAGAGACUAAAAUAAAGCAAGCUUACGAACUACGUUUAUGACACAGAAUGAAACUAGGCACUGGGCAUAUGGAAAUCAUAUGUAGAAUCAAUUGCAACCUGCCCAACCAUAAGGUUGACGACAGUCUUUGACUGCUUAGCUACUUUGAGUA